UUGACCGGCGGUUAAAAAAGCUUCGUAGUGUGCGAUUAAUCGCCAAAUUGUCCGGCUAUGCCGCGCGCCGCUUGGUAAUUAUUUUUGCUGAGUCCGCGUAUGGUCGGCAUGUUGGCAGCUUAGAUAUCGGUAAUCGAAUUAGAAUCGAUAAUUGAAAAUUACAAUCUUUUCGUACGAGGUAUAUCGUAAUAAGAAAAUCGCAAUGCCCGAAAAACGGGAUUUUGCCACACUGUUCCAAGGUACCAGCCCGCAGCUGAUAGCUGUUCUCACGGGUACACUGGUAGCCAUUUCCGAUGGCAUGCAUUAUGGUUGGACGGCACCCGUAAUCCCCAUAUUGCUCAACGAACAAACAAGGCCGUUUGAAACAACUCUACACGAAUGCGAAUGGCUCGAAUCUGCGUUGAUGAUCGGGGCGUUCUGCGGUUUGCCGACAACUAUCUACUUCGUCGACAGGAUCGGGAGGAAGUACUCGAUGCUGUUGGCGUCCGCCGUGACUUUCGUUGUGUGGAUUGUGAUCGGGGUGGCGAAAAAUAUGACGUACCUCUACGCGGCGAGAUUCUUCGCUGGUAUGGCUGGGGAUAUGGCGUUCGUAGCCGCUCCGAUGUAUAUCGCGGAAAUAGCUCAUCCGAAGAUUCGAGGGUUCUUGUCCAGCAUCAUCUACCUCAUGAUGCUGAUAGGAAUUUUGUUUGUUUACGCCAUUGCACCGUUCGUGCCCUACUACGUACCCAGUAUUGUCGGUGGCGCUCUAGCUUUAAUCGAGCUAGUUACGUUUGCGUUCAUGCCCGAAUCUCCGUAUUACUUGAUCUUCAGAAAUCUAAACGACGAAGCGAGAGCGUCGCUAGGCAAGCUGAGAAAGUACGACAGAUCUGACGAAGUAGAAAAAGAAUUCGAGGACAUAUGUCAAGCGGUGAGGAGGCAGAAAACGGAGAAGGGUAGGCCCCAGGAUUUGAUACUAAUUCCGAGUAACAGGAAAGCGAUACUUAUAAUGACUGUGCUGAACGGAUCGCAGCAUCUGAGCAGCAUCAGCGUCCUGCUGAUGAACUUGCAUUUAAUUCUCAACGAAGCGGGUUCGGUGUACAUCGAAACCUCUUACGCCGCUAUAAUUUUUGCCGCCCUGAUGUUCAUCGCUGCGACAACGGCGUCGAUGAUUCUAGAUCGAUGCGGAAGGAAAGUUUUGCUGACCAUAUCGGCCCUUCUGACCGGCACCUCCCUGUUGGUCAUCGCAAUUUAUUUCAACCUGAUGGCAGCGGGACACGAUGUGAAAUCGAUCAGUUGGUUGCCGAUCGUUUCGGUUAUGUGCUACGCGGCCGUUUUCAAAUUUGGUUUAGGUAUUGUACCUAUAGUAGUCACUGCUGAAAUAUUUCCGACGAAGAUGAAAGCGAUAGGAAUGACCCUAGCGGAUUCGAUGUACGUCCUGUUCGCUAUCAUUUCGUUGGAACUGUACGCGUGGUUACACGACGCCUACGGAAACCACGUACCCUUCUAUUUGUUUUCCGCCUGUUGCUAUUUGACAGCCCUGUUUACCAUAUUCGUGAUACCCGAGACUAAGGGCAAGACUUUGGAGGAAAUACAGAUGUUGCUCAAAGGCCACGACAAAGAAGUGAGCGUUCAUCUUCCCAAGUACGCGGGGGAAAUUUAUGGUUGAAUUAAUUAAACGACAGACGAGGUGGGACACCGAAAAUGUUGAAUAAUUUUGGUUAACUGUAACAUUUUUUUGUAGAUUUCUAAUUUUUAAUCAGUGAUGUAAAGUGUCAUCCUUGGUCUAUGCGUUAAUGGUGUCGGAUUAUAUUUUAAAAAAUUUUCCAGUUGGAAAAAAUGCUGAAUAAGCUGGUAUUUUGCACACAGCCCAGAUUUAGCAAAAGUGUUUCAGAAAUCUGUCACUAGAGGGCACUUUACCUAGAACAUUUUGCAAAGAUAUUGCAAAAUAGAGGAGAUUGCAGAAUCACAAAUCCUCAAAACUCUUGUUAUAAGUCGAUAAGUGUUAUCGUUUAGGCACAAAUCGACUUCUUUAUUCUCUGCCCGAAUACCCCACAUUUCUAAUUUACACAAAGGUGAUACAGGAUAUCGUGAUAUGCAUUUCUGUUACGGAAAAACAAGCAGGCGACGUGCACUAAAUAUUUCAAAACAGAAUGCUACAAAUUAAAAAAAAUGAAAAAAUGGCAUAAGUCUAUAAUAUGUUUAAUUUCAGCAACAAUACAUUUAACAUUUUCGGAAACAAAAAAUUAUUAAUAAUAAUCGGAAUUAAACAGUAUACAACGAUAAUUGCAAUUAAUUUUCAAAAUGCCCACCGUUCAUUUCUAAAAAUUUUCCUAUUUCAAAUGAUUUCCCACCGUUUAUUAUUUUUUGUCGGAGAUCACUGAUAUCUGUUGUAGCUGUUUCGUACACUAAAGACUGUAAGUGCCCUCAAAAAAAGAAAUCCAUCAGAUUUAAGGUCUGAUGACCGAGGCGGCCUAGCUAGAGAUCCGCCCCGACCUAUUCAUCGAUGCUAAAAUACCUGAUUUAAAUAUCUUCGUACAGCGAAUGUAAAAUGUUUUGUCUCCACUGCAAGAGUACCUCUUCCAGCAAAGGUGGUAGUUCCUCUUGGAGAAAUUGCAAAUACAUUUCCCCAUUAGGCGACCCUUUAAAGAAAUGAGGUCCUAGAAGUUUAUUUCCUAUAAUCCCUGCCUAUACAUUUACAGAAAACUUCAAUUUCUAGUCUAGUCCGUGAAUAAAAUGAUAUUUAAAAAUUACGAGUAAUUUAAAAUUUUUAUUAAAAAUUGAUGACAUAAAAUUACUCUCAAUUGCUUAUCAACCUCAAACCGUGCUUGAACCCUUUGAACAUGAAAGGGCCGAACAUCAUUUUCAUACAAAACUUCCUAAACUGUGGAUCAAGCAAUUUUUUCCUGAGCAGCAAGUUUUCUUGAACUCAUUGAUGGGUCAGCCUCCACAUUUUGAAGUAUUCUUCCUUUUCUUGCAGCGGUUCUUUUGUACCUUAGUCUCCCUUUAUUCAUAUUAUCAGGUUUGAAUGAUCCUCUUUUGGAAUUCAUCUAUGUAUGUUGAUGAAUCUUUUACAGGGGAAACAUUUGUAUUGGGAUAAGCCUAGAUAUAAAGCCGUCAUGCUUGAUGUAAAUUUCCAUUUGCUCUUCUGUAGCAAAAAUGCAUAUCGCCAUAAACAGUAUUUCAAUAUUUCUGAUGGGUCAUCACAGUAGCAGUAAAACAAGAGUAAUAAUUUUUGAAGAUUUGUGAUUUUGCUUAAGGCAAUUUGUUCUAUUUUGCAAUAUCAGUCCAAAUAAAUAAAAUACAGGGAAAAUUUAAAAAAUAUUCUAGGUAAAGUGCCCUCCGGUGACAGAUUUCUGAAACAUUUUUAUUUGUAUCGACAACUUUUGCAAAAUGAGGCUUGUGUAUAAAAUACCAACUUAUUCCGUUCAGAAUUAAGCAUACUGAAUUUUGACAAGCUCGGACUCGGAAAAUAUUACGAUUUCGAAUUUUCGUUACAUGAUUUACUACCAUUAUUUUACCACAAUGAAUAUUUUCUCCAAGUUUCCGAACUCAAUUUCCGAACACCCUGCAUACCAACACCAACGGUGCGUAAAAAGAGGCGGCGAAAAUUUGGAAAAAUAUAUAUUUGAAAUAUUUGUUCUAUAUACAGAUUGAUUUUCUUUUUCUUCAAGUGCCUAUUCGGUUAGCGUGUUGACCAAUUUCAAUGGUUUUUUAAACAAAAAAAUCUUCUUCUGAGAAGUUCCUGUUUUCCUGGGAUUUUUCCUUGUACUGUUUGCAUCUUUUCUCGUUUCGCAUUAUGUGACCUAAGUAUUCGAACUUGUCUAUUUUCAUUGUAAUUAACUUAUUUCCUUUUAGCAUCCUACAAAUUACUUCUUCAGUUUUCACACAGUCUACCUAAUUCUAAUAUCAUUCAAAAGAUGCAUUGUUUCAUCGCUAAAGAAUUUCAGUGUCUAUUUGCCGUUAGGAGGAUUGCGAUCUUUACUUUAUCUACUACGAUGUUACUCUGAUUAUCUACUAUUCUGUUCGUUGCUCUCGCUAUAUAAAUUCUAAUAGCUCCUUGUAAUUUUUUGUGAACAGUAUUCUUCUAAUUUAUUCGUUUUGGCAUUUUAAAUUUUCUUCUUCCUAUUUGCCUGUGGGCUUUUAGAUAGUCAAUUAGUCGCAUUUAGCCUAAAAAUAACUAACACCGCUUGGCAUUUCUCUCCACCAGAGUUUGUGACUGACGUUCUCUUCGGAAAAACUUCAACUCCAUCCAGCUUCAGAUGUGCUAAAUAGGAUUUAUAUCUUGGGUUCUAGAAGGCCGUUUAGUAGGACUCAAAUUUUGAGGCUAGAGGAGGGCCAAGGCCUUACUAAUAAAGUAAUAUUACUUAAUGUAAGCACUUUGAAAAAAUGAAAAAAGUUUAAAAAAUUAGGGAAACUUUAUUUUUGUAUUAAACGCCACUGAAAGUCAAACUUAAACUGUAUGGUGAAUAAAAUCAUUGCAUUUAUCCGACGUGAUAUCAAACAGUAAAUCAUAUCUCAAUUUUUAAAAAUCUUUUUUUAAAAUUUCAUAAGUCCUUUAUUCCACGCCGCUGGUAUUGCGCAUUUUAUUUACAAGUUUACAACGUCAUAAACAACAAUGCCUGACUCCUCAUAUUAUCCAAGCAAGAAUUUAAAAUAAUAAUUUGACGCCACUGGCGCAUUGCAAGAAAAUCCAAAAUCGGCACGGUUAUAGCCAACCAAAAUUAAGCGACUUUAUUGUAGUCCCAUUUCAUCUGAAGUUAAGUUUAGUUUCAAAACGUUUUUGGCGUACAAGUUAUUCUGAGAAAGCAAAACUUUAAUGUUUAACGUGUGUGCUAAGUAUCCGAUAUAUUGGUCUAGCUUAUUACUUGAUGACUAUUGUUCAAUUUGACUAAACAGUUGAACGAACUCCAGUGAACUAUGCUAAAUUUUUAAAAUGGCUUACGAUAAAAAAUAUAGGAACUAAUCCUCUAACACGAUAGUACGUUCUAUUGGUUUAAAAAAAAACAAUUUUCUGACUUUUCCUUCUGGUGCUGUCUUCUUUUGAAGGUUUGCGAUCAUUUUGGCUAUCUGUAUUUUGGAGACCGCCGCGCGACAUAAGGAUCUGGUAUUCUUUCCAUACCACCAUCUCAAGUUCUUAAGCCACGAUAUACAUCUCAGUCCUGAUGCUCGUCACCAUUUAAUUUUUCCUGUAUGAUUAGUUGAGCAAGUCUCAUAACAUGUCUGAAGUAUUCGAUGAUAAACCCACAUUUCAAAGGCUUCCAUCCUUUUGCAAUGCCAUGCCUCUAAUCCAUAAAGCACGAUCGGAAAUAUCACAAGGUGUAGUCUUAAACUUAGAUUCAAUUUUAUAUUUGUAAGAAGCGGUUUUAUUUUGAUAAAUGCAAUCUGGCUCUUUAAAUGCGGAUCCGUAUUUCCUGUCCAAUGUCCUAUUGCUCAAUAAUCAUAUAUUAUCCGCAUAGUGAUUACUUUUCUUCUUUGACGGCAUCAAAUCUUAAUAACUUUAUUCAGACCUAAAAAACUGGUGGUAAAUUAAAAAUAAACUCUGGGUUUCACUGAGUUCUAGAAAAAUCUUAUUACAAAGUUACCAAACUUUAUUACAACUUUACGUAACUUGUGACUUUUGAAAACGCGUUGGUCAUGCGUUUUAAGGGCCACACACCGUAGAACGUGCUAAAGAGAAAUCUGUGAAAGCAGACCUCAAGACAUCUUCAAAUUUCAGCUUGGCGAUUUUGCAUUAGACAAUGAAGCAAUAAGUUUGUAAAUUUCAUGUACCGGUUUAAGGCAUUUGAUAUUUUGCAAGCAAAGCUAAUUUAUAAUGUUAUUUAUGACUUUCAAAAACUGUAAAACAAGCAUUUUAAGUCAAUGCUUUUAUAUUAAUAAUAAUAAUAAUAAUAAUAAUAAUAAUAAUUCUCAAACAAUAAGCUAAACCCAUCCAUGACAAUAUUUUCUUGAAACGUAAUUUAUGGUACUCUCUAAGUGUUUAUCAAACGAAUCAGUAUUAAAUCUGCCUAACGUGCCUAUUAUUUUGUCAUUAACUUCAAAGUCUGUGAUAAAUUUAGAAAUUGACUUGAAUAAAUUAUCUAUGAAUUAA